AUGAACGGCCUACCACCCGACUUCUAUCUCCCUCCCGCACAGGGCAGAUCUCAGCUACCCCCCAUCGAUGUCGAUGAUGCCCUUCAGUACACACCUCUCUCAUCAGUCGUUCCUUUGUCCGCUGAAAUAAUAACCCUGCCGGCACUAACAUCCACCGGAGUAUCCUCGAUUUAUCAAUCCGAACCAGAACGCCGCCAUAUUUGCCAAACCUUGGACAACCUUGACAGGGAAGCAGGUCAUGAUCCGGGAUCAAAAGUGGUACGGAAGUACUUGUCGGAUAUAAGCUCUCAUAUUUCCACAUCUAGCGGUGGGACUGAAUUUCGUUUCAAGUCACUCGGAAAGGGAGCGAACGAAUGGUCUUCGAGAGUAUCGGUGGGAGCGCAGGGGGGUAUUCUCAAACAUGGAAAGAUUGGGAAGUUCGGGGAAAUGGUGUUGAAUAAGAGCAAUGUCACUUUCAGAUAUCCAAUAUCCUCAAUAGGUGGUCCGAAACCGGCACAACAAACUCAGACACAACCGCCGAGUCAUGACCAAAAUCAUGCACCGAACUAUACCCCGAAUUAUGAUCCAAAUUAUCCCCAAAAUAAUUAUACCCCGCCGACACAGAAUUUUCAAACGCCACACAGUUAUAAGAAUAAGAACCGGCUUCCUGCGGCGACACCUCAAACCCCUAGUAGUACAUCCACUGCGGUACCAUCCAACGGGUUCCAUAAACCCAGCCCUAUACAGCAGAACUUUCACCAAAAGCAGUCUAUUCCUGCUCAAAACUAUCACCAGCAAGUCCAGACCCCAAAUCACAUACAACUACCGAAAAAAGAACGACCUAUCCAGAAGAGUGAACCUCCCGAGCUCGUCAACGGUGAUUAUAUUCAAUCUCCUACAGCGCCUGUAACAACUCAAAGAGCCGAGUUUGUGAAAAUACCCCCACCACCACCAUCAUUCGACCGCUCACAGUACGUGAAACAUACCGAAAUCGAGAGGAAAGUCCGCAAACCAAAGCCUGUAGGGACAACCAGUACAUCAAAGUCAAGAAAACGCAAACGUUCUCAUUCCGACGCCGAAGAUGAAGAACGGUUGGCUUCUGGUGUGGACCAGAGAGCAAAGGCGGAGAGUUUAUUGAAGGGGCUUCAGAGUUUUAUGAAUUCUAUCUUCGAGGCUGAAGACAAUCUUUCUCCCGACACCUCAGACCGUGUGGGGGAUAAGAACUCGAAAAUGUGGAUGACGAGUACAUUGGGUGGUGAGUCGCCAUGUUUAUCGACGGCAGUACAAACCAAGCUCGAAAAUGCCAUACAGAGGGUCAUUUCUUUUGCACGAUUUGGGGAAAUUCCCGUGGAUGAUUUGACGAGGCUACAGAAGAUCUGCGAAAGCUCUUUGAAACUGGCAGAGAACACAGAUGUCAUGGUGAAGGAGGAGGAAAGCGAACUAGCCACCCAAGAAUGGCUAGAAAGGGUAAAUAUUAUUGAUAAUGGCCUCAAAACUGCUAAAACAGUGCUACGCAUCAUGGUAGGUGGAAGAGAAGAAAAGCAGAUAUAUUCCGAGGAUCUAUUAGCCGGAGUUUUAUCAGUGCUCAAAAACCUCAUUGAGACAACUGUCAAUCCCAUGAUUGAGAUGCGUUCAACAGGCGAGAAGCUGGCAAUUUUCAAAGUAGCGGCGGCCCACAAGAAAAUCCUUGGAGGACUAUUACACGAGAUUACGAGUGUAUUCGCACUACUAUCGAAACUGCUUGCGAUGGAGGAGGUAACGGAAGGAACUAUCACGACAAUGGAAUUUAUCGCAGUCUCGGUUAUCUUUAUUGAGAAUGCAUCAAACGAGAAAGAUUCAGUGUUUGGUGUUCAAAAGGUUGAAAGGUUCCGGGUUGCAGCAAUGGACGUACUGGCAAAAAUAUUCGCAAGGUAUCCAGAUCAGAGGACUUUCAUCUUUGAUGAGAUCCUUACAAGUCUCGAAAAGCUCCCUGUUAACCGGCAGAGCGCACGCCAAUUCAAACUCGUUGAAGGAAAGAAUAUCCAACUGGUAAGUGCGCUGAUUAUGCGCCUUGUACAGACCAGUGGGACCUAUCAAGGACGUAAACGAAAACAAGGCUUAGUCACAGAUGAGGAUGGCGAGGUAAUACUAGAGAAAGAUGAAGAGGAAAUCCAAGAAUCUGGAGAAGGAAUUGAAGGAAUAGAUCGAAUGAACGCAGUUGACAGGCUACACAUGAUGUCGAAUCCAUUGCUUGAUUCUGCGCAGAAGAAUGCAGCAUAUGUCGUUAACUUCUUGGUACAGCGGGCGAUGAAGUCGACCAAGACAGGGGAUCAGCCUUAUAGAGUUCUAAUGGAUAUUUUUACAGAAGAUUUCAUCGCUGUUCUAGGCUCGCCGGAAUGGCCAGGCGCAGAGUUGCUACUGCGGUCCAUUCUGGGAAGCAUGUGUACCAUUGUCGAUGGGGAUAAGCAAACUGCACCCGCCAAGUCUAUGGCCUUGGACCUACUAGGCCUUAUGGGCAGCGCGAUCUGCGAUGUCGUCGUUCACCUCCGGGAGAGUCACCGCAAUAGAGAAAGCCUGGGUGACUCUGCAGAUGGUCACAUCGUUGUAUUAACUGAAAAGUGCCUAGAGAGCAGUAUUGGCGGUACAAAUGGUGGCAAUGUACCGACUGCUAUUGAAGAAGAACUGAUUGACUGGGAGGGCCCAUUCAGAUACGCACUUGAACACCUGUUACAGAUGAUGUCAUCCGAUGGUAGCUUGCAGAGCGCUUGUGGUUAUUAUUUAACUGCCUGGAGCGCACGAAUCUGUAACCUUUUUGAGAAGGUUGGAGAUGUAGUGGAUGAAGAUGAGGAUGAUGACGGAAUGCGGGAUGAGCUUGUGAGGGUGGCGGGAAAUCUGAAAAGGAUCACGUUGGACAAGAGCUGGAUCGAUGAUGACUUUGAUGUGGAGAAGAUAUCUCAAACGGCCAUCAGGCAGGCAUAUGUGCUAACGGUCUUGCAUAUGCCUUUCUGCAUGAGCUUUGAACAUAUCCUCAAUCGGUUGCUUCGAUCAGUCGACGAUAAUCAGGCCACGACUAGGAGUAAGGGCUUAAAGGCUAUUUUACAACUUUUACAGAAGGACCCUGGGAUUUUGAAGCGGCCACAAGUCGUUCCAUUUAUUAUCAAAAGGUUAAAGGACCCGUCCCCCUUGGUCAGAGACUCAGCCGUCGACCUCAUCGGGAAGUGUAUUCAGCUGCAGCCAGAUCUUGAAGAUCAAGUCUAUAAAAGUAUACUUGAACGUGCAUCCGAUGCUGGAGUCGGCGUGAGAAAGAGGGCGAUGAAAAUUCUCAAAGAUAUAUACUUAAGAAGUAAGAAAGAGGUUGUCAAGGUUGCCAUUGCAGAGGCAUUAGUGCAGAGAAUUAAGGAUAAUGAUACUAGUGUUUCGGAAUUGGCAAGGAAGACCUUUGAGGAGAUUUGGAUAACGCCCUUCUAUGGCCACAUUGGAGAGGAGGAAACGGAAACUGCGCAGCAAGUUCAAUCAGAAAUUAGUCCACAGAUGAAACUAAUCGUCAAUGAAAGGGUUUCAGUCAUUGUUAAGGUGGUGCAGAAGGAGGUCAUGUUGACAGUUUUACAUGAUGUUAUCAAGUCUCUGUUGCAUUCAGAAACGAAAAACUGUACUAUGAACUUUAGGGUUUGUAAGACAAUGGUCGGAUCAAUGUGUGAUGAUCUUCUUGACCGGCAAGGCGACUCUGAUAAGGCCGAGAGACAAAGUACGCUACAAACUUUGACAGUAUUUGCUCGGGCAAACCCAAAAUUGUUCACUCCCGAACAGCUCAUAAUGUUACAGCCUUAUAUUGAGAACUUAACGGCACAGGACGAUCUCCAUGUCUUCCGGUCUGUCAUCGUUAUAUUUCGAUGUGCUUUACCGGUCCUAUCAAACCUACAUGUGGGAUUUUUAGCAACUGUUCAACAGAGCUUGCUGAAGAACCUGUCACGAUUGCCUUCACCAGAAUUGAAAGAAGUAAUUUCCUGUCUUUGGACUAUCAACGGGGUGUUGAAGAACCCAGAGCGGUUGAUUCGAGUGACAAUUUCCUGUUUAACAAAUAUACUCAAGUCGAAAGGAAAGUCGAUUGAAUCAAAAGCAGAAGCGAGCCGAUUGGUCCGGACACUUCAUAUUCUUGGUUUGUUUGGGAAGAACUGCAACUUCGAGAAUGAGACGAAGAUGUUUAAGGAUGCUUUUCCGCAGUGGAAGGGCCCGUCGGUCUCGGGCUUGAUUACAGAUACUAUCAUACCUUUCUGUGAACCAUCGAUGAAUUCUUCUGUCAGAAAAGCUGCGCUGGAAAGCUUAUGCCACGUCUGCCAAACUCAUGCAGUCCACUUCCUAAAGCCGCAGAUUCUGAAGGCAUUUGAUCAGGUUUUUGACGUUGGUGAUAAGGAUCUCAUGAACCUUGUUCUUUUAGGAAUCAAGGGUUUCCUCCAAACUGAGGAGAAACGAAGUGAAUUCGGGGCCGUGGAGGCUUCGGGCAAAGAAAAGGAUGCCAUUGGCGGCAACAACGAAGAAAACGGGAGGUUAGACCAGCUAGCUAAUGCAAACCAGAAUGAUGGCGUAAGCACCAGUUUAGCGCAAAAAUACCUCAAGAAUAUCAUCCAAAUCUCAAUGGCUAGUCAGGAUGUGUAUGCACUCACAGCAACAGAGGUGAUUGGGAGUAUUUUGAGGCAGGGAUUGGUACAUCCUAAGGAGUGUGUGCCUGCACUGGUUGCGUUAGAAACUUCGACGAAUCCUACAAUUCAAGCUAUUUCAUUUAGGGAACACCGAACGCUACACUCGAAGCACGAGACUAUUGUCGAAAGAGGCUACAUGGAUGGUGUGAAAUCCUGCUUUCUUUACCAACGUAACGUUAUUGGAGAUGGGUCCGGUGCUACAGCGAACCCAUUCAUGUCGAAAAUGAGACCGCUCUACGAGAUUGUUAAGACAAGUCGUAAGGUUCGAAAGAAGCUUUUGGGGAACAUGACCAUGAGCGUCGAUUUCGAACCUACAAAGCUGGAACUACCAAAUCAUCUCGAAUACUCAAAAUUUGUUAUUGAGAACUUGGCGUUCUUUGAAUACGGAACUCUAGAUGAACUUUACCAAGUCGUGACAACUAUGGAACGAGUUGUUGCUGGUACAGGAAUGACGGUUGCGCAUUCAAUAGAGACAGAUAUCUUUUUCAUCAAGAUCGACGUUCCAGAAAACGAGAAGAGUGCAAUGACAGUCGACCCAGAAAAACUGAAGACUCUUUCUGCGGCUGCGGGGAUUCUUUCAAUGCUUUGGGAAGCUCGAACGUACCUCCGGAAACUCUAUGCACUAAACGAUAACAAAAGCCGCGACUACAAAGCGAACAAAGUUAACGCAAAAGACAUGAAUAAGGCACCAAGUCGCAACACGAAUUUUUCGGCUACAGGAGUCUGGCAAUCCAUUAGAGAUACAACGCGAAAUCUUGAGACAGAUGAAGGGAGGAUGAGACAAUGCAGGGAAUUUGUGGAGACUUUGAGUGUGGAUAACGAGUUUAAACUCGCGGCGGAGGGAGAAGAUCUAGAUGAUAUUGAUGCCGCCGGUGAUAGGAUAACCCCCGGGGCGGAGAGCGAUCAUGAAGGUGGUAGUAAUGGCGUUCACGAUAUAAUGGGUGCGGUUAUACUAGGCGGCCAUGCCGGCGGUGUCCCGAUGACGCCGAGCUCGAAGGGCAAAAAAAGGAAGGUCCCAGGCAACACUCCAGAGAAGGGUGUUGGGAGAGUGAAGAAGAAGCCCAAGCCGAGAUCAAACAAACCCAAAAAGGAGUAA